GUGGACGUGGUAAUACUUGGACGAGGGGUGCCGGGUGGAUGUGGUAUACUUGAACGGAGUAGGUGGCGAUGGACGUGGUAUACUUGGACAGAGGGGUGGCGGUGGACGUGGUUAUACUUGGACAGAGGGGUGGCGGUGGACGUGGUAUACUUGGACAGAGUGGUGGCGGUGGACGUGGUAUACUUUGACAGAGGGGUGGCGAUGGACGUAGGUAUACUUGGACAGAGGGGUGGCGAUGGGAUGUAGUAUACUUGGACAGAGGGUGGCUGUGGACGUGGUACAGUU